GGCCAAGAACACUCAAAAUUAUCGGGCAGUUCCUCCUUUAAUGCGUCACCCAUGCAACAGACAUCCACUCCUGUGAAUGCAAGUCCUGCAAAGUACACAGCCCCUGAAAAGGUUGUGAAGUUAUCCUUUCCAGAAUACGUAUUGCACACCGACACAGAACUUGAGCAAAUCCAACAACAGUACUUUCAGUUGUCGAAGAGAGGCGAACAGCGCAACUGCCAGAUGUCAAAGGAGCUCAGAUGCUGGCUCAUUCGAAACACCAUGACCAGUAUGAUUGCAAUCCUGAGGGCAAAGGGGAAUGAAGAAUCACACAGAUACCCAUCAAAGCCAGAAAUCACAGCAAUGGCAAACAGAAUCGUACUGUACUACCCCAUGCUGCAGGACUAAGGCCUCGAUACAUGGGUUACUGUGUACACACAGCUGUACAAAAGACUGCAAAAUGUGAGAUCCCCCCAAAAAAGAACUUCAGAUGGCAGACAUUCAAAGAGGAAAAAGAAGAUCCCAAAGCCUACCUGAAGAAACACCCUCUGCCCUGUCCAGUCCCAAUGCUAACAAGUCUGCAGAUAUUGACAGUCCAGACACCUACAGUCCAGCAACCUUGACCAAGCACUACAAGACCCUACAAACUUUGUAUAAAAGAACAAAUCCAAACCACCAGGAUGUCUCUCAUCUCUUGGAUUUGGAAUUCGUAGCCAGAAGAGCAUUCAUUGAUUCAAAUACCGUUCGCGAAGAGGACAGACACGAGAAGGUUCUCGAAGCAUAUCUUUGUUUCAAGGACGUUGGACAUGUGAUGGAGGAGCUUCAACGCAUUUUGGAUAAGGAUAAUACCAACUUCAUCGAUGAACUGAAGGGAAGAUGGCAUGACUUCUGCCAGAAGGUGCAGUUUUUUGGUAUAUGGAAAAAGGUGCAGAAACCCCCAAUAGGAAUGGACAAAGAUGAACAGGCUCUUGAGAUCCUACGUGUGCUGCCAUCACUGUUCCCCUCCACAUCUGCUCCUCCAAAGAGGGUACGAGAUGCGAGUGAGACUCUGCUGCAUGUCCUCGAGCUGUGUAAAAUGUUGCAGGAUCAUUUUGACUGGUGUAUCAGACAAAAUUAUAACUAAUGGUGCUGCCUCUGAUGACUCCCUAUUUAUUUCCUAUUCACAUACUGUAUGUUCUAAGCCUCAAAGACACCUAAAACAUUUGUUUUUAGAAAGAGGAUUUUUUUUACGGAGUAGAUGUCUUGGCUAUGCCACAAUAUGUACAAAAAUGUGUGCAUUACAUGGUAGCAUGUUUUAUCAUCCUAAUGAUGACCAAGCAAGACUAGUCUAGCCUUGGUUUUUAGUUCUUUUGGAAGGCUAGAUGUGUGUAAACAGUAAAUGCAUUGGGGAUAGUUAAAAACAGCACUUUCAGAUGGAGCUUUCUUAGUACUGUAACUUUUGUCAGAGUUUUGCUUUGUAAAGUUAAGUGUUUGUAAAAAAAAAAAAAAAAAACUCUACAAUUUUGUUCGUGUAUUGAGGGGCACAUUGGUCAGAUGUUUGGACCUGGCCUAACCUUAACAGUGCCAAAAUGUUUAUGAAGCUGUUUCCCUCAGUCCUCUGGGACUUUUUGCUGUUUAAAUAAUAAUAAAAAAAAAGUUGGUUAAA